AAACCGCUGGCAUCAUCUGUUUUGCCAGUUUUUGCCGCUAUAAACAACACAAGAAAAUACCGGUAAACUUCUUUCACAAAAUCAGUAUCUAAAUCUGUGAUGUUUAGUGAGCUUUAUGUGUGUGAUCGAUAAACAUAUUAGAGACAGUUGUCACUACGGCUAAUUCUACUAGUGUGCUGCCUUGAAGAAGAUGACGGACUUUUGUGAACUUACGCUGAACCGCACAGGGUUUUAUGGUGUCGACUUUAGCAAGGAUUUCGACCGCAUCAAGUGCGUUGUGUUUGAUAUGGAGGGACUGUGGAUGGAAGAGCUGCCCGUGGCAACGCUGAUCAAGCGCCAGAAAGAACGAAACCCAACCAUGGACUGUACGGAGGCACUGAUCGAUCAGACCCUUCUUGAGGCCGGUUGCAGUGGCAACUACAGCGCGACCAUUGCCGAAGCGGGUGUCCACUUUACGGCCAAAUACUAUCUGGAAAAUUACCCAAUCACGUUUCAGUUCUUUCUCGUGCCCGCACGGGCGCAAGGAAUUUCCUGUCACUACAUCAAACCGCUGUGGCGAACGGUGCUCUUACAGUACGCACAAAUACGAGCCCUCGCGGAAGAGCUGAAACGCAAGGACGCAGAAAUUGCCCAGUAUCAGGCGGAAGGGGCUCGGCUAAACAGGACCAGCGUGCAGACGGUGCCGUUCGAUGAGCAAACGUUCCGGCACGAGUUUCCCAUGAAGCUGCCCAAACAGUCCAUCCGAAUAGAGCACCUUUUGGAGAGUAGCGUUCAUCGUGGUAGGCUGAUGAAAACGCUGGACAUUGAAGAGACCGGUAUGGAUGGUUCGGCAAAGAGUAAGGCCAGACUGUCGAUUCCUACCGCGCAGUCGAUCAGUUCACCCUCGAGGCGGAAGAAGAAACGUGCGAGAAUUUUAGCGCCCACCGACCUUACCAAACAAAACAUUGAGUACGACAACGAAGAGGAUGAUUCGUAGGCGCAGCAGCACAGAGAACAUUCGCUAGGAAUGAUUGAUCGAAAUGCAUUACCCGGGCGCUCGUGUCGAAUUUCCCGCUUUUGGGUGGAUAUUCGAUAUCGAACGAUUUGUAAGUCAGUAGCAAAGCUUAUCAAUUGUUUAAAUUAGUACUAAUCUUACCCCACAUUGUCUGGCUUAUAUAGGAUGCACAGUGCGUGUUCAGUCAAUUCAGGCGAACUACGAUUUUGUUUGUGUUUUGGAGCUAAAACGCCAGUUGUUUCUUUAUAAAGUGUCCCCAAUUUAAUGCCUGUUUUUUUUAGCAAAAAUCACAUUUCUAGUAAAUGUAUAGGAAGAAGGUAGCAGAAAACACUGAUAAGUUUUUAUAGCUAUAGAAGAUAGGCUGACAAUUAGAAGAGAAGUCCGUGAAGUUGAAAAUCUUUUCAAAAUUGAAGAUGACCGGAAUUGACUGACAUGUACUGCUUAGUUAUGUUAUCCUUGUAUGAUUAUUCCAUUUUAAGACUUUUUGUUUAGCAAAAUAUUUAAGACCCGUUCUAAUUACUAGUGAACAAUAUUGUGUCCCCUUAUACAGUCACGUGUAAUCGAUAAUCGAUAAUAAUCGAAUAAUAACAAAUUCUGGGAGCUUUAGUCCUCUCAAUUUGUUGAAGUUUAUCUUAAGAAUCCCUUUCCAUUAACAACAAAAUUGACCAAAGUACUUCAAUUUUAAAUACAAAAAUCCAAACUAAGUUUUUUGACAGUUUGUUUUAUGAUUUAAGGAAAUCCCUUCGAUUAGGAGUACUCUUAUUUAAUUCAGGACGAAUCAGUAAAUUUUUACAUAUGAAUAUAAAAAUAAUAAUUAUUUUUUGGUCGAUAAAUGCAAUAUCUUCUUCCUCUAUUUGACGUAACGUUCUACGCGGACAUGCCGGGCCAAUACAGGCUUUCGAGGCUUAAUUCAUUACCACGCAGCCGGAUAUUCAAGUUAAUCCUUGCUACGGGGGCACGGUCCAUUCUAGGCUUGAAUCAAUGAACCAAUGACGGGCAUGUUAUUGAGUCCUUCGAGUUGACGACUGUACCACGGGACCGCCCCCAUAUAUCAAUGGAAAAUGCAAUAUAUCAAUAGUCAAUAAAUGACUUUGUUUUGAUUAAAAGGUUUCUCAAAUUUCAAAUCAAAUUUUCUGUAUGUAGUUUAUCAAUUUAACAUUAAAAAAUGGUCUAAUUUCUGUCCUUUUCCUUUUAAAACAAUUUUCCAAUAUUUUAAUUUCCAAGAGAUUUACUCGGUAGAAUAGCUAUAAAAUAUAAAUAAAGUAAUAAAAUUAAUUGAAACACUUGAAAAACACAUAAUUCAACCUGUGAGGCCUAAGUGUGAGCAAAACACCAAACGCUGUAAUAUGUUCCAUUACAGAUCUAAAUAAAAUUAAAAAAAAAAUUGCAUGAAACUAAUGACCGCAAGAAUGCAAGAACGAUA